GAGCGCGCGGGGGGCGGGGAGGGGGCCCCGGCGGAUAAAGAUGGCAAUGUCUCUCAUCCAAGCGUGCCGCAGCCUGGCUCUCUCAACAUGGCUGCUUUCCUUUUGUUUCGUGCAUCUGCUCUGCCUGGACUUCACCGUGGCCGAGAAGGAAGAAUGGUACACCGCCUUCGUGAACAUCACCUACGCCGAGCCCGCGCCGGACCCCGGGGCCGGGGCGACGGGCGGCGGCGGCGGCGGCACCACAGCCGAGCUGCACACCGAGAAGACCGAGUGCGGGCGCUACGGGGAGCACUCGCCCAAGCAGGACGCCCGCGGGGAGGUGGUCAUGGCCAACUCGGCCCACGACCGCCUGGCCUGCGACCCUAACACCAAGUUCGCCGCCCCGGCGCACGGCAAGAACUGGAUAGCCCUCAUCCCCAAGGGCAACUGCACGUACAGGGAUAAGAUCCGGAACGCGUUCCUGCAGAACGCCUCCGCCGUGGUCAUCUUCAACGUGGGCUCCAACACCAACGAGACCAUCACCAUGUCCCACGCAGGUGUAGAAGACAUCGUGGCAAUAAUGAUUCCUGAGCCCAAAGGGAAGGAGAUAGUAAGCCUGCUGGAGAGAAACAUCACCGUGACGAUGUACAUCACCAUUGGAACCCGGAACUUGCAGAAAUACGUGAGCCGCACCUCGGUUGUGUUUGUCUCCAUCUCCUUCAUCGUUCUGAUGAUCAUUUCCCUCGCCUGGCUGGUCUUCUAUUAUAUCCAGAGGUUUCGAUAUGCAAAUGCCAGGGACAGGAACCAGCGCCGACUGGGAGAUGCAGCAAAGAAAGCAAUCAGCAAGCUCCAGGUCAGGACCAUCAAGAAGGGUGACAAGGAAACCGAGCCUGAUUUUGACAACUGUGCAGUUUGUAUUGAAGGGUACAAGCCCAACGAUGUGGUCCGGAUCUUGCCCUGCCGGCAUCUUUUCCACAAGUCCUGUGUUGACCCCUGGCUCCUAGACCAUCGCACCUGUCCCAUGUGCAAGAUGAACAUUCUUAAAGCCCUAGGGAUCCCGCCCAAUGCCGACUGCAUGGACGACUUGCCCACUGACUUCGAGGGAUCUCUGGGAGGUCCGUCAACCAACCAGAUCACCGGCGCAAGCGACACAACCGUAAAUGAAAGCUCAGUCACUUUGGACCCUGCUGUCCGGACCGUGGGAGCCUUGCAGGUGGUCCAGGAUACAGAUCCCACCCCGCAGGAGGGAGAAAUCAUCUUCACCACCAACAGUGAGCAGGAGCCAGCUAUAAGCAGUGAUUCUGACAUCUCGCUGAUCAUGGCAAUGGAGGUUGGACUGUCUGAUGUAGAACUUUCCACCGACCAAGACUGCGAAGAGGUGAAAUCUUGAAAUGGCGAAUAUAGAAAAAGGGGAUCAUAGGAACCAAGGGGAAGGAAGGAAGGAGUGCCCCAAGACUGGACCAGGCACAUGCACCUCCAGAACACCUUGGCGACUCCAGGGCACUCCACACAAGAAUGGUACCGAAAAGCAAUAUCCAAAGUCACGUUCAUCAGGAUGCAGUUUCUCCGUCUCUACAACAGCUCAUGGCCUUGGCACCUUUGAAGUUGAAAGCUGAUUUUCUCUCCCAUGUCCUUGUAGGCACACACUUCCGAAGUUCCUCAAACAGACUGAAAAGACACUUUUAGGGCUUCUUAGUUUCAUUUCAGUUUCUUGUUUUCCUAUUUGGGGAAUGUUGUUGAUUUCUUUGGCGCUUUCUUUUUAAGGACUAUGUGUAGUUUAUGUUCACUCUUUUGUCUUUCCUUUGAUUCACUCCAGCUUUUGUACAGAGUUCUGUUUAGAAGCAUCAGUUCCUGCUAUGACCAGUUUGUAUUCCAUCUCUGAGAUUAAUGGCCUUGACCUCUCAGCAUGAAGUGUGCAUGGCUUUAGGAAGUGCCUCAGCACCUUGAAACAGUCUAAGGCCACCUUUCGUUUAGAAUCUAAAUUCUUUUAAGUGGAUCUUGGAAAUGCCAGCUGCCAGAGACCCCAACACCAAGCUCUGAAUCUGCUGAAGCCACUGCUCAUUUUUUUCAGCUACGCACACUGGCUUCCACUUGCCAGGCUCUGUUAAGGACCCACGUGACUUUAGAAGGAAGCUCUAGAGAGGCACUUCAAUCCGUCUGAUUCUUAACAGUCUUUGGCUGAAAUUCUGAACUCACAAGUUCCCACUAGGGCAUUAGCGCCAUUCUCUGUGGCUGUAGGGCUUGUCCAUCCCUGGGACUGCAAGCCUAGUUUUCAAACGAGAUACCAUAUACUCUUCCUGAAAGCAAAAUGUCUGUUUCCCCAAGGCUACAGCAGUCUUUUGUUACCUCCACAAAUGGGUUCUGCAGGAGAUGGAAGCUUUAGAAAAGAUCCAGUCAUCUUUGGAUCCAACACAAGUGAGGGCUGCAGUAGCAUCUAGGUCUUACCUUAAUUCCAAUAUGCUUCUGUUCAACCUCGCCAGACCUUGAGGGAGGAUUUAGGUAAAUCCUUAAGCAAUUGCUUCCCAGGGCUCCCCUGAGUGCGUCUAGAUACCAAGUCAGGGGGGAGGUGUGAUCUGAUAAACCAUUUGAUCUAAAAAGUACAGCAUGGGAAUUGUUGAUGUCAAGUUUCUCCUGACUGAGAGAGACAAGGAGGGAAAGGAAACGAGGUAUCAAAGUAGAUUCUAAAAACCCACCAGUGUUUUUAAACUGUUUGUUUUUAUUCUUUUUUUGACAGAGGUGUGCUAUUUUUUUCGGUGGGCAAUUUUGUAAUACACUGAGACUACCCAGGUGCAGGGAUGACUAAGGCAGUGUGAAUAGCUUCUCUGGACCAUUAGAUGGAUCACCUCGACAUCUGCGAAAGGCCAGGCUGCUGCGUGGGUUACCUGGCAGAGAAAACUUCUCUCGCUGAGUUAUUUAUGUAUGUGAUGAGGCCCUUCUGUCUCGCUACAUGCAUACUCAUGCAAAAACAGAGUUUCGUCCUGCUGUAAGAGCUUGCUGCCUGCUGGAACACGGUGUAUGUGUCAAGGGAGACCCCUGGCUGCUCUUUUUUCACCACCUUGAACAAUUUCCUAUUUGACGCUUUCUAAGUAAGCAGCAAGGCAAGGAAAAUGAUCACCACCUUCACAAAUGUCACAUCUCUCUAGGAGUCCAACACUUGCAGUAAUGAAAUCCAGGGUCUCCAGGCAGGGAGACAUGAAGGCAGUGCCAAAUCAGGAGUCAGGAGGCGUGGAUGAGCAGCGUGCUUGCUGGGCCUCAGCUUCUCCAUCUGUAAGUGAAUGAGAUUAACGAGAUGAUGCCCAAGCCUCUUUCUGGUCUUAGGACCGCUAAUGAGCAUUUUGCCGGGGGUCCAUUUUUGACAGAGAGCUAUGACGUAUAGCAGACUUUCUACCUUGGGGAGGCACAGUUACUUGACAUGUAACGUAUAACAGCUUUUGAGAUUUGGCACUCUUGCGUGACUGAGACUAUCUAAAUGACUGAAUUUUAAGCGCAAGUAGGAGUUGUUUUGCUUUGCCUUGUUUUAAAAACCACACUUAGGGCUUCCCUGGUGGCUCAGUGGUUAAGAAUCCACCUGCCAAUGCAGGGGACACGGGUUCGAGCCCUGGUCCAGGAAGAUCCCACAUGCCGCGGAGCAACUAAGCCCGUGCACCACAACUACUGAGCCUGUGCUCUAGAGCCCGCGAGCCACAACUACCGAAGCCCGUGUGCCACAACUACUGAAGCCCGCGCACCUAGAGCCCAUGCUCCGCAACAAGAGAAGCCACCGCAGUGAGAAGCCCAUGCUCCACAACGAAGAGUAGCCCCUGCUCACCGCAACUAGAGAAAAGCCCGGGCGCAGCAACGAAGACCCAACUCAGCCAAAAAAAAAUAAAAACAAAAACCACACUUAGUCACAGAGUUUGCAGUCUCUGGAUACUUUCAAAUCCUCGUUCUCAGUGUGGAAUUCUUCGUCUCCAGGUAUUUCUUUUUCCUGGUCAGCGAAGGCCUGUACCACCGACCUCUCCUUCAGUUGGCUUUGCCCAAAACAAAUUUUGGUAUUAAGUCAAGGGGAGUUAGAAGGACAAUUCAACAGCAAAGGAAAUAUAAAUUGUAUUCCAUGCCCAGAAAGAAAAUGCCUUUUGGAUUGAUGGGUGUUCUCUCUUCCUGCCAGCGACCAGGUAGAUCAGGAAUUGGUUGCUUAUGUGCGCUGUGACCCAGCAGCCCCUAUAAGAUGCUGCAUAGGGGAUGAGGGGCCCAGCCGGCCAAUCUGAGGCCUGUGGACCUGACCCCAAGGAGGUUCUGCUGCAAACUCGCUGAGCCUAGAAGUUUCUCCUUUACCGAAGGUUUGUUUCUGAAGAAUUUUCUUAUGGCUUUGGUAGUUUUAAACAAACAACAACAAAAAAAAGUUAACUGGCAUGGGACGUGUUCAAAAAAAAAAAUGGAAACAAUCCUUCCUCCACAGCCUCCUUCACCUCCUCCCCAAAGAAGAAGAAACUCUGACCUGGGGCCCCGGUAGCUCAAAGAGUAUCAAAAGGUGUGGGAACCUUCUAGAGGUGUAUGCAGACUUGAUGUGUAUUUUUCUUUAGUGUCUAGACCAGCACCAUUCAACAGAAAUAUAGUACACGUCCCACAUGUAAUUUUCCAUUUUCUACUGGCCACAUUUUAAAAAAGCAAAGGAAACAGGUAAAAGUAAUUUUAAUAAUAUCCUUUUUAAGCCAAUAUUAUUGUUUUGACACAUAAUUAGUGUAAAAAGUAUUCAUGAAAUACUUGACGUUCUUUUUCCGUACUAAAUCUUCUAAGGGCAGUGUAUGCCUUACACUCACACACCUCUCCAUUCAGACUGGCCAUUUCUCCAGCUGUCAGCCGCAUCCCGUGGCUCGUGGCCACCUUGGACAGCGCAGGGCUAGAGCUUCUCCAACAUUCUCACAAGCUUCCCUGACCCUCACAGAGUAAAAAGGUUAAAACCUAAUUACCUCCAAAAAGACCUGGACUCCACCCAGUCCACCUAUUGAGAGGCCCAGAGAUCCAUUUGUUUUAUAAUGAGUAAAUAUGCGGACCAUCCUUUUUGAAAUUUUUGCUGCAUCUUUCUAACCACACCACUGACGUCCAUGACCAUUUUCUGUUGCUUCCUUGACCAGUUGUUUUUUUAAAAAGUCACACAAAGCAUGUUGAUUUGGUGCUGAGACAAAAUUUUAUCCUUCACUUCCACCCUUGGACUGAUGUGUGGCACUCAGGAUCCAAAGAGAAAUCCAGACUCUAGUCAUCCAACUUUACCUCAACCCCUGGUCUGCCUUCUUCCUGAUUGGCAGAAGGUCUUUUCCUGGUCCCAGGGCCCCAUAGUCCCACCACUAUAGCUAAAAUGCCUGGAUUUGGGAGGAAAAAAUGGGAAGGUACAUAUUGACUCCAAAUACAAGACUUUGUGUAGCCUUCUCAAUAGAGAUGAAGUCUUUGGGGCUUGUGACCGUCUGGUGCCAAGUUGGUGAAUUAUGACCACCUGCAACUCAGAAGCCAGAUCUCAACUUGGAAGUAAGCAUUCCCCUUAGACCCCAAGGCUGUGGGCAAGAAAAGGAGCAUCUCCAUUCCCUCAGAAAAAUUUAGAGUCCCGCCUAGGAAUUGCUACGUCCUGUGUGGCCAGUCCCUUUGGGAAGAACUGAGCCCUGAUCAUGAAUAGAGCAUAGGAAUAUUGAUUUCGUCUCUAGGGUUUGGUCACCCCUAAAAUGUCAACUCCAUCAUCUAGGCAAGGAGUGGUGGAGAGUUUGGAGAAGGUAGAAAGUUAGAAGUAGCAAAGGCACCUACCUUUUCUGACAUCACUUAGUAAUGAUCAUGACCAUGGCAUCAAAUCUUUGUCCAAAGAGGUUUUGUUUGUUUUCUUUCGAGCAUUUUCCUCAUUCUGAUGGAAACAUCCUGUAUGUUCCUGGGUCUGGAUUUGGUCAUAUCAAACCAUGGUACCCAGUAGUUAGUGCAGUUAGUGCUCUGAUAUCCCUGAAGCUGCCAUCCUUUCAGAACCAAAAAUGAUGACAGAUAGCCUAUCUUGGGAUUUUUUUACUCCCAUCAUGUUCAUCACACUUAGAUGAAAAUUCUUGCAGAGCAUAAAAAAUAAAUGGCAUUUAGUUGUCCAUUGAAUGCAUCAGCUUGACCAAAAACAAAGAAACCUCAUUCAAUCAAAACCCUUUCAGAAAACCUGAGACAGAGUCACAGCCUCAGAGGAAGGGAGGACCCAGCCCGCCCCACCCCGUGAUACUAGAUAGAGCCCCUGAGUCCAUUUCUGGUAGCGUUCUUUUAAUAGACUCCCGCUGAGAUUUCUUGUCCUUUUUUUGUCUGGGUGUGUCUCUAUCUCUGGAUCUCUCUGUCUGUCUCUUUCUUUGUACACACACCCACACACACAUCCUUUUCCCAUCUUUCAGGACAAAAAAAAAAACCUUAGCGGCUCUGGAUCUAUAGGGUUGUCACUAUUGUGAUUACCAUUUUUCCUGUUGGCAAUUUUUAAUGUGUGGCAGCAUCUAUCUUUUCGCUUCUGAUGAGGAAAACCAGUUGACUAUAAAGGCAAAUUAACUUCCUCUGUAAUGAGGUUUGCCUCAUUUUCACUUCUCAUAUCACUAAUUUUAUCACAAAUCACCUCUAGCUAUUGCCUUUUUUUUUUUAAAGGGUUCCUUGCCAGAAAAGUCUCUGAGGUAAAUAAUGGCAAGGUAACAAUUCCAGAAUGCUGUCUAAUCUCUUAUCUUCCACCUCUAGCAUUUGUGGCCUUCUUAGUUCACCACAGGCCCUCCCCACCACAGGGUUAGGAUUUCUUGGAAAAACAUGUGGGCUGUACCGUAUCCGAUGUCCACUCCUGCUUCUUAGCUUCUUGGCACGAGAGUUUGCUCUUUGUAAGUGAUCUGAGAGGCCACUUCUUCCUUAAGACUGAAAAAGAGGCCAAAAAAAAAAAAAACAUUCCCCUAAAGUGACAGACACACAGAUUCUUGUGCCCUGCAGUCACACAGAAGUCCCUCCUCUGUGCUAUUUGCAUGGCCGGGACUGAAAAGUACAUUUGAUGAUGGCAAUUAAAAGGUGGUGGGGAUACUUACCCGCAGGAAGUCAGAAAAGAGGAUGGCAGGGUAUGAACAUGGAUGCUCUUCCCGAAUCCACGAGCAUCCCCUAGCUUUAGAGAUGACCUCUUUGGGGGAAUGUGUACGUCUUAAGGAGUUUAACGCUCAUGAGUUAAACACUCCUGAUUGCAAAGAAGGUUGAGAUUACCUGAAAAAUAAAUUAACUCUGAGAAGCAGUUGUGAGUUUCUCAUCACUUACCUCUUCCUUUUGCCUGCUCCCCUCCCCGUCUCACAACUUCAGGCCCUUUGUAACAGGAACAAUAAUUUAUAAAGACCCAUAGAUCAGUAGCCAUGCUCUCCCCUUUGAGCCUUUCAAUGGCACUAAAUUAAUCAUCCCAAAACUCAAGCAGUGAUUCCAGAUCCUGGAUGUAGACCCUUAAUUAUCAAGCCCACCUGCCUUGCAUGCUUCAUGAUCAAGUGGCUUCUUCAGGAACCUCCGUGAUCAAAGUCCUUCUCAUCCUUGUGCUACUGUUAACAUUUGUACUUACUACUGAGCUAUUCUCUCUCUGGCCACCUGAUAAAUAUUUGUUGAGGAUAAUGAUAAGGCAAGAAUAUACAUCUCUUCAGAGGUUCUGCCGGUCUGAACAGAGUGAGGGAGAAAAAUCUGUGGAGAAGGUAGCUCAACCUGAGUUACCUAAAGUCAUUGCUUGACAGAAUGUCUGUGGUCUUGUCAUCCUUACUGAAGUGAAGGGCUUGGAGAAGCAGGAAACAUGUGGGGACCAUGUGUACUGUAUAAACCAAAGACCGACCACCAUCCAAAUGGACACAUGUUUCUUCCAGUGACGAGUUUAAUUUUCUCACAAUGUGCUCAUAAAUAAAAGUGAAGGUAGUUUGCUUGGUCGAAUGAAACUGUGAAAUGGGGUUUUCUCUUGCAGGCUUGUGAUUGACCUUACUAAAUCCAGAAAUCUAAAAAAAUGUAUCAUGGCCUUAGUACCGCACCAUCUUGAAAGUCUAGUGCUUAGUCCCCUAUUCCCCUCAAAAGUUUCAGACAAGUCGAGCGCUUUAUUGAACUCAGAAUAUUGUUCUCUUUGAGAAUGUGAAGAUUUUAAAUAGCCAAAGAAUUCUCAUGUAUAAGAGCUCAUUAAUUACAGCAUAUCCUGCUCUUUUGAAGAAAAUACCAAACUAUUUCCUGUAGUAAUAGAUAGUGGAGCAAUGGAAGAAGGACUAUUAACAAAAGGAUAUUUCAGUCUGUGUUUGUGUUGGCGUCUAUGGUACUUAGUGUUAAGUGGGAUGUUAUUGCAAAGGGGCAGGGUGCCCUCUGCUGGAAUUCUCGCCUUUAUUCUUUCAGCCAGCUAAUUUGACUAGGGUCACCAUUUCCUCAGCAACUAGUAGUGAUUUGCCUUUCAUUGUACAGUUUCCUCAGUAGUUGCGAAUUUGGUCCACAUUUGUCAAAAGAGGAAGGAAUGUCACAAACUCUGAAAAGUUGGAGGAGGAUCCCAUGGAAGAUCUGUCAGCAGCCCCUUUCUUCUGCAGAAUGUUGAAAGAGUAUUGGUUGCUCUGUUUGCAAAGAAGAUGCCUCUGGCUGGAAUGUUUGUGCAGAGUUAUAAGGCAAGGGCCUAAUUGUUUUGUAACGUUAUCUCAACUUUUUUCUUGUCAUAUUGCAAAGGAAGAUCAAUAAACAGACUUCUUUCAUAUGAAU